UCGAGAAUAUCGUUCAGUGCCUUAUCAUUAUCAUUUUUCCUACAACACGAUUCGACGAGAUCGUCAUUGAACUGCGAAGAGUAAACGUGAAAAGUCAGCGACAAUAAAUUCAAACAUGUUCCUUGAGAGAGUUUACCUAAUCUCGGCUGUCUUCACCGUUGCUUUUGCGGCUCCGAGUAUAUCCAAGUCGACACCAAUGUGGCAUCUACCAUGUGGAGAACCCAAUUUGCAAGCCGUCCCUUUCGAGAACUUCGAAGAGGAAAUAAAGACCAUUCUGGAGGACCUUAGGCUUCAACAUCAACUAACGAUGAAUGACUACUUGAAUCGAGACUACGAAUACCUGUACGAGAGAGUUAGGAUCGGCGUCGACGAUCAUCAGUACAUACCUAAUUGGGUGCCUGGCAAGAAGGAUGUGAAUUUUAUAAGAAAACUGGCCAACGAAGAUACUCAAAUGAUUGUUAACCAUCUCCCGAAGUUGCACAUGGACCUCCAGAAAUUCGCCGUGGCGUUCGAGGAAUUGAUCGAAGAUGAGCCUAGCUCUCAAAUUCAUCAAGCUCUUAAAGGGACUCAAUCGUACUUGAUGAUGAUGUUGUGCGAAAUCGAAAGCAACAUUGUUUCCUUGCCUUCCAUACGACUUCCUGCACGCGUGGAACGAAGCAUCAUGAGCCAUACCGAAAGAAACCCUGUCGAUGAGACACGGAGAUACAUCAGGGACUGGGGCGUAGUUCUCAAAUACAGAGACUAUUUACAUGCUUGGAGGCACGUAUUCAACUAUUGAAGAUAAGGAAAGUAUUAGUUGACUCGUCAGUAUGCAAUCGAUCAUUUUCAUCGGAAGAUGACACAAGAGGAUAUAUUAGACUAUUGGGAAGCAUUAGAUGUAAAUUGAUUUAGCACCUGCCGCGAUUGUAACUAUAAAAUCGCGUCAACAACUGCAUGAUGACGCGGUAAAAUGAUGUUAAAGUUAUUGACAAUAAUCGUUAGUUAUGCAACGAUUAUUAUAAAAUCCGCGAAAACUAUGAGUUCGCAUUACGAUCCAUGAUAAUUUAUCAAAAUUAUUUAUUGAAACAAUUAUUUAUUAUUGCGACUCACGUUUGAACAUGUAGCUUAGUAUUUAUUCUUACAUGUAGCAAAUUAUUUAUUUGGUAUAUAUUAUUAAUUAUUUAUUUAUUUAGAUCGAUAGUACCUUUGCCAAUUGUACCUUCUGAAAGGUACUCUGUAACCGGUAUCAGCCUGUAAGAUCUCGGUUACAUUUUGUGAUAAUCAGUCACAACAACAAUUAUGUUUGUUGUAUCAUUGUGACAAGUGAUAAAUAUCACUCAUAGAUUAUUUAUGAAAGACAUUAUUUGUAAAAAAGACAAUGUUUAUUUCGCGCAGUAUUAUAUUUAUAACUCUAUUUAUAACUCACGUGCUAUAUUUAUAACUCAAGAAAGA